AUGGCUCGGGGCCCCGUGCUCGCUGGACAGGGGAGGUGCUGGACAGGGGAGGUGCUGGACAGGGGAGGUGCUGGACAGGGGAGGUGCUGGACAGGGGAGGUGCUGGACAGGGGAGGUGCUGGACAGGGGAGGUGCUGGACAGGGGAGGUGCUGGACAGGGGAGGUGCUGGACAGGGGAGGUGCUGGACAGGGGAGGUGCUGGACAGGGGAGGUGCUGGACAGGGGAGGUGCUGGACAGGGGAGGUGCUGGACAGGGGAGGUGCUGGACAGGGGAGGUGCUGGACAGGGGAGGUGCUGGACAGGGGAGGUGCUGGACAGGGGAGGUGCUGGACAGGGGAGGUGCUGGACAGGGGAGGUGCUGGACAGGGGAGGUGCUGGACAGGGGAGGUGCUGGACAGGGGAGGUGCUGGACAGGGGAGGUGCUGGACAGGGGAGGUGCUGGACAGGGGAGGUGCUGGACAGGGGAGGUGCUGGACAGGGGAGGUGCUGGACAGGGGAGGUGCUGGACAGGGGAGGUGCUGGACAGGGGAGGUGCUGGACAGGGGAGGUGCUGGACAGGGGAGGUGCUGGACAGGGGAGGUGCUGGACAGGGGAGGUGCUGGACAGGGGAGGUGCUGGACAGGGGAGGUGCUGGACAGGGGAGGUGCUGGACAGGGGAGGUGCUGGACAGGGGAGGUGCUGGACAGGGGAGGUGCUGGACAGGGGAGGUGCUGGACAGGGGAGGUGCUGGACAGGGGAGGUGCUGGACAGGGGAGGUGCUGGACAGGGGAGGUGCUGGACAGGGGAGGUGCUGGACAGGGGAGGUGCUGGACAGGGGAGGUGCUGGACAGGGGAGGUGCUGGACAGGGGAGGUGCUGGACAGGGGAGGUGCUGGACAGGGGAGGUGCUGGACAGGGGAGGUGCUGGACAGGGGAGGUGCUGGACAGGGGAGGUGCUGGACAGGGGAGGUGCUGGACAGGGGAGGUGCUGGACAGGGGAGGUGCUGGACAGGGGAGGUGCUGGACAGGGGAGGUGCUGGACAGGGGAGGUGCUGGACAGGGGAGGUGCUGGACAGGGGAGGUGCUGGACAGGGGAGGUGCUGGACAGGGGAGGUGCUGGACAGGGGAGGUGCUGGACAGGGGAGGUGCUGGACAGGGGAGGUGCUGGACAGGGGAGGUGCUGGACAGGGGAGGUGCUGGACAGGGGAGGUGCUGGACAGGGGAGGUGCUGGACAGGGGAGGUGCUGGACAGGGGAGGUGCUGGACAGGGGAGGUGCUGGACAGGGGAGGUGCUGGACAGGGGAGGUGCUGGACAGGGGAGGUGCUGGACAGGGGAGGUGCUGGACAGGGGAGGUGCUGGACAGGGGAGGUGCUGGACAGGGGAGGUGCUGGACAGGGGAGGUGCUGGACAGGGGAGGUGCUGGACAGGGGAGGUGCUGGACAGGGGAGGUGCUGGACAGGGGAGGUGCUGGACAGGGGAGGUGCUGGACAGGGGAGGUGCUGGACAGGGGAGGUGCUGGACAGGGGAGGUGCUGGACAGGGGAGGUGCUGGACAGGGGAGGUGCUGGACAGGGGAGGUGCUGGACAGGGGAGGUGCUGGACAGGGGAGGUGCUGGACAGGGGAGGUGCUGGACAGGGGAGGUGCUGGACAGGGGAGGUGCUGGACAGGGGAGGUGCUGGACAGGGGAGGUGCUGGACAGGGGAGGUGCUGGACAGGGGAGGUGCUGGACAGGGGAGUUUUCUUUUGUUUUGGUUUUAG